UGUAUGCUGCUUUCAGGAAACAAUGACGCACACAGGGGCAGGGUCUUCUACUAUUGAACUGGGAAAAGUUCUUGUCUGACGUUCAUUUGAAGACAUUUUCUUUCGCAUCUUCUGCUUGACAGGGACAAUAGAAUGGGAUUUUACCAUAGAAUAACUUUGGCACUGGCAAUAAUAUGCCUUUUUGGGGACAGCGGACUGGGAGCCCCAGUCACAGGAAGAUAUAUGUUCGUGAAAUGCAACCCGGAUCUUAAGAAUGCAAACUGUGUCACACAGGUGGGCCCCUUGGUGCCCCUAUCAGGGAAAAGCUCUCGACUUCCACCUUCUGCUGCAAAACACAUAUUCCCAGUUAGCACAGAGGAAGCCACUCCUGAGACAGAGGAGCAGUCAGGAGAGGGUUCAGGUAACUCAGACACCUUCUCUCCGUUUAGCAGCAUGGAUCAGCGGAUGAUGAGAGACGCUCCAGAGCAAGAAGGCAACAAGAACGAAGAGGAGGGAUCAGCUGUCGAAUCCAGUGGAGACAUUUAUUUAUCCCAAUAUGUUUCAACUCAGAAAACAGAUUGGCUUUCUGAACAGGAUUUGAAAGAGGAAAACAUUAUUGCAUAAAGGGCUACAUUACAUCUCA